AAGUACUGUCUGUACAUCGUGAUUCAUGAAUAAAUCCAGAUACCAGGAGAAUAUUUGGUGGAAGCAAUGCAAAAGAUCCUCAGUUUCAAAGUCACUACUCAGUAACACAUACAGGUGAAAGAAAACAACAAGUUGCACAACGUCCAGCAUCUAAACACAGACACAAUAAACCUCAUCCUGAAAAAGUGGGUUUCUUGAAACAAGAUUGUCAUCUGCUGCAUCAACCAAUCUGUCAUGUCAACACUAAGAUACAGGUUAAGGAUGCCAAGGAGAUGCAUUGGUGGCCCUCAAGGACUUCGGAGGAACCUCUAAAGAAAACCGAAUACAGCGACAAUACAACAAAUAGAUCAGAGUAUUGCAGAAUACCACGUGAGAAAUGGCCCCAACACACUACAAGACAUGGCAGUAAUCCAAAUUAUACACCUGCUCUUGGCAUAGUUCCAGUGAAUCACCUGCCUGCUGAGAAUGGCCCGCGUUUAUUGGUUGAGAGAAUCUCUUACAGCCACCAAUACGAUUCAAGGACAAAACCAAAUGAGCCAAUCAGAGGAAAGCUACAUGGCAGCCUUGUCUGGGAUACACUUUAUCCGGUCACUAAUCUCAAUGGUGCUAAUGAUGAUGGAUCUUCCAUGCCUCCAGCAGCUUCUCCCUGAUAAAUCCACAUGGUGCUUAACAAAUGAAUUCUAUUGUACUUUUGGAGUAUACAUAUAUAGUUUAUAUUUCAUACUUUUAUAACCUAUUUAUUAUUUCUAAAUCCAUUGAACAACUUUGGCACUUGGCUUUCUAAAGUCCUUUUAUAUAUUUUAGUUUUACAUUUUCAUAAAACAUUAAGUUAUAAUAUUUUAUAUGAUAUUGAAAUCUUCUUUUUUCCAUUUCAUUUGCCUUUUUAUUUCACAAUUUAUUGCAAUAACAAUACUUAUUAGACUUCAUAUAAUUUUUAAAGUAAUGCUAUUUACAUAAUUUACAAGUCAUUAAAAUUAAUACUGUAUAUUUCAGGAGCUACAAUAUCUCCAAAAUUCUGGUUAAAUAAUCAUAACAUUUUUUGGUGUACAUACAGUUAUUUCAAUUGAUUACACUUCUAAUAACUCUUGUAUUGUAUUAUAUGUUGUACAGUAUUUCAAUGAAUGCAGUUAAAUAUAAAUUUUUAUCUGUUUAUUCUUGGUACACUUGAAGUUACGUAGAAUCAUUAUCAAUAUUAUGUGCACUUAUAUUUUCUAACUAAACUACCUACAGGUUGAUUUGCUGGCCAUGCACAAGCUUUCCUUUAAUUCUCCAAGCAUCCUAAAAGAACAUAAAAGUAUCAAAUAUUAUUGUUGUUACAUUGUGUGCAUUUUAACCGGUUAAUAUUCUGCCACUUCGACUGUAUGCUGUAAUUUGUUCAUAUACUGAUGUUAGUACACUAUAAGCCCACCCAACAUUUUCCUGGACAAUUAGCUACUGGGUGUAACAAGGAUUAUGAGAUAGCCUAAAGCCCAAUAGCCUAAAGUGUGAGUACUUGUUUGAUUCAGGCAGUUCACAAAUUUGAUGUUAAGGCCAGUAAAAAUCUAAUGUUUUGCCAAAUCACAGGAACAAUUAAAAAUGGGGGCUGUUUAUUCUGUAGGCACUGGCAGAAUUGUAAAAUUCAUGCGGUUUCUGUUUAUUUAAAAUUUUAAAUUAGUUAGGUAUGGCGCAACUACCUGCUUUAGUACAACUGUUCAUAUGUGUGUAUGGCAUUAUGCUCAAUUAUAUAGCAGGGUUGUGUGAUUUGUUGAUUAUCAAGAAUAUUGUAGUAGUGAAUUUUCCAUAGCAAUGUUUGAAAUGAUUGUUAAUAUGCAGUAAAAGGAGUAUACUAUUAUAAUACUCUCUUCCAUGUUUCUCCCACCGAAAAAAACCCCCUACGAUCAAGUGUAGUGAUUAAUAAAGAUAAAUGAAAAAUAAUAUA